AGGCUCCUAUUAUCCAACCACCAUCAUUAUCUACUUCAAGUGAUAUUGAAAGUGAACCUUCUGUAAAAUGCAAGAGAUUAGAAGAAAUUAACCAACCCGUUGAUAAUGAUUUUAUUGAUACCAAUUAUAUUUAUGGAUCUGAAACAAAUGAAGAUAAUUCUGUCAAACCUAAUCAA